AAGACCUCCGACCACCAGCCGCAUCGCCUCACAGGACGCUUCCUGCCCUCUCUUUCUCCAACGACCCUUACCUCACUCCCCCACGACGACCCAAAUAUUGACCCGCGACCGCGAGGUAUCACCGUUCUCAAUUAUCCCCAGCAUCUUCAGGGUCAAGAGGUACGUAUCUCGCUCCCAACUAGACCGGCCGGGCCAAGUGGGUUGCACACGGCGAACAAAAGUUGCGAGUCGACCUGGCUCAGUCCCUCCGUUGCGCGAGGCCCAGCCUUCGAUCUGCUCCGCGCUGCACCCUCGAGCAAACCACUCCCCUUGCUUCCUGGAGCUGACCGGAACCCACCUUUUUUUUCCUACAGAAAACAUUACAGCAUCGUCUAUCUGUACGCUACGACGGCCUAAUCUGUUCUGCGCCGAACUGCGAUCGGACUAUUCCCAUCCACGAUUCGAAUCCACGAGUAUUCCACGCGGAUGAUGGCCACUGAGUCACCAAAACAACGAUCCGAUGAAGCUACCAUAACUUCUGACGCCCAACCCUCCACCAAGGUCGAUACUAACCCGGAAAAUGUCGACGUCAACCGAACGCACAUGAAUGGCGCCUCGACCGACGACCUUGCAAACAAGCAUAUAUCCGACAUUAUCGAUGAUCUUGUGAACUCGGCCGAAGUCAGUGUUAGUGGAGGGUCCGACAACGAGGCGUCUAAAGAUGGCUCCAAGGGCAAGGAGGACGGCGCCGGUCAUCCUAGACCUUCGUCGACCAUCAAGAAGCCAGCGCCAUUCAAGGCGAUCAGUGUCAAUAAGACCUUCCUCCACCAAAAGGGCACGGCGCCUCCUGCUCAGACCAAGCCGUUGGAGAAACCUACCGUCACCCUCAGCUCCUCCCCGACCCCAUCCAGCACUUUGAGUUCAUCUCGACCCCGAUUGGUUGCCAAGACCGGAAGUGGCUUGGUUGCAAAGUCCUCUGGCGCAAACGGAGGGAAGUCGGGAUCGGCUCCAGACGCAAACGCAGUCUGGAACAAGAAUCGACCCGCACCCCCACCGGAGCCCAAGAAAUAUACGGAUGAAGAACUUAAGAAGUAUGGCAUCCAUAUGGCGAGCCGCCUUGGGCCCGAGGACAUCAAAGGGGAGAAUAACUGGGCAGAUAUAGAAGAUGACGACGAGGAUUGGACCCCCGAGGCCAUCGUUUGGGCUGACGGAACGAAAACUACCAUCCCACAUAUCGAUGACCAUCAUGCAAUGCCAGCUUCUGCUUCCGCGCCCCAGGCAGCGCAAACAGCAUCAACGGGCGAGUUGGCUGUCCGGCAAGCAUCACGAGAAAGUGAGAGUUCAGCCAAAACGAAAGCCUCGGCCCUUGUUGCCCCACCGGCUACUGCUCCCGGUCCUGGUCCCGCACCUAAGACCCAUGUACUUGGUGGUGGUAAGGGUCUGGUGUUGAAGGGUGCUCCCGAGAAACCAACGCUUGUAGCGAAGCCGCCUCCCCCGCCCGCCGCGAUAAAGUCUCCAUGGGCUACAAUACCAAAGGUCGACAAGGUCUCGCCGAUAGCAGCACCAGAUGUGUCUGGCCCGCCAGUUUCCAGAUACCCUCCACGUGAUCCCGCCCUUUCUGGCGACGCUCGCCUGGCGCCCAAGGAGAUCGCUGCCGAUGAUUUUAGUAGGGCCCCAUGGCGCGAUGGUCCACCGCACAGCAACAGAGAAUUGUACAACUCGCAGUCUGGCCGCUAUGAACCCGUUUCUGAUCGCCGGGGUACGGUACGCUCUGAUGUGCCACCGGGUCGACAACCAGCGGUCUUGCACCGGCCUGCGCAUUAUGACCAGCAAGGGCCUUUUGAACCUUCUGGUCCAUACCAGGGAGCCAGGGAUAUUGAACAGCCUGGGCCUUAUGGCCGACGCCGUGGAUCGUCCAAUGUUAGUGGCGGUAGCGGAGUCCUGCACCGGCUUAAGACUCUCGAGCAUCCGAUGCCACCCCCAGAGCUCAUCAACGCAAGACGUGGGUCUAUGACAGUCGGCAGCGAUGGCCCAGCUUCGCCACGCAACUUUUCACCGUCCGGCGGUCCUCGUCAUCCCCAAGGCUGGGCUCCCCGAGCUUCUCCUGCGAUGACACAUGCCAUUCCAUAUCAUCAGGCACCAUCCGUGGCCAGUGUACAGGAUGCUGCCCCCGCAGCCAUCCAACAAUCCCCACUUGUUCCCGCGGCAAGCCUUGUUGGUGUUACUGAGCAGGAUAUCGAAUUGCAGAAGAAAUUGAUGAGGGAAAGGCGCGAGCUUGCCCUGAAGCGUCGUCAAGAACAAGAAGCGAGAGAGGAGGCCGAAAGAAAAGAGCGCAUUCGCGCAAAGUUGGAAGCGAUGGGUCCUGCCCCUGAAUCUAAGAGCGCCAAGAUGGCCGCCGCCAAGGACCACCCUCCAGCUCCAGCUCAACCCCGUGAGCCUGUCACGCAAAAGCCCACAGAGACUCAUGAGCCCAAGCCGAAGGAGGAUGUCGAUCCGGGUGCUGCACCCGAACUCGAACGGAAGCCUGAAGCUCUGCCAAAUGGAUCACCGGUGCAAACCCUGGCAACUCUGAACAGCAUCGACGCACAGCCGCACACCCACGCCCACCCUUGGCCGAGCACAGGCAAGCCCAUUGAGCGCUAUCAAGCGACUCCCACCUGGGGCCCUCCACAAGCUGGACCUGCUAAAAACGUUUGGGGCGCUCCGAAUAACAAUCGCACUCUGGGCAACGGUACAUUUGUUUCUGAUUUGGGUACUACACAACUCCCGCAUCAGCUUUCGAGUAAAUCUGGACCUGGUCCUAUAGCACCGCCAACCAGCGUACGCGGGGCAAUGGCUCCUACAACUCGUUUGCCGCCGAUUGGGCCCCCGAGACCUGGACCCCGGAGUGAACAAGCUCAUGGAGGAAAUGCAUCAGAGCCCAGGCAGACUGCCUCCUCCGCCUGGACUAACAGCGCCAGCACGAUAGGCUUACAAGAUGAACUGUUUGCCAAGAUGCUGGGCGAUUCCGCCUCAGAGCGGGAGCGUCGUCUCAAAGAAUCUGGUCGUGGAUUGAAUGACCAACCGCCUAUCAAGGAUACUUGGCGCCCAACGAAACUUGAUGCUGACGGCAGGCGGAUAGAAGCUGCCCCAAAGCAGACGGUCAAGAUUGGCUCAGAACAUGCUUGGGGCGCCGCUGCCGAGGUGAAGGCCACGGCCUCUCAGCAAGAGCCGUUGGCGUCGAGCAAUGGCCCGGCCGAGUACGGCCACCUUACCCAGAGUACUAUCAAUACUCGGGAUAUCUCGACAACUUCGAUCCUCGGUGUCCCGACUGCACCCCAGCAUGCUCGUGGGUCUCGUUUCUUCCCCCCUUCCCGUGACGUUCGUCUGGGGAGUAGCAUGGAAGUUUCUCGGCCCAAGUCACCGUCUCCUCCUCCACCAGACAUGGUGGGUCACCCUGCCUUCGAUGGGGAUGUUGCCCAUCCCCACGUGUCUCUGCCUCGUCCUCAACCCGUUGUUCGACUUCCUCCAUCCGCAUCUAGCGACAGGAGAAGCGCCACAGCCGUUGGCCAAGGCAAAUCCCACGUUUCAAGUUUCGCUUGGGCCAAAGAAGCUGCUUACAAGGAGUCUGAACACCCCCCCGCUGGAUCAAACGCAGGCAAUCGUCGGCCAUCAUUCAACAAACCGGAGAGUGCCUGGCAGGCAAGGUUUGACAAUCUGCUCGGUGGGCGCAAGGCUCACUCUGUCAACCCCAGGUCGCCCGGCCUCAGAUUCGGAGAUGAACCUGUCCACAUGGCUUCCGAGCCAUGGCCUAGUUCACCUUUCUCUCACCCCUCUUCACCGCUCUCUGGCAAGGAUGGAUCCGUAACCACAAAGGGGAUGGCGGAAGACUGCUUUGAGGAGCAAGAGAUGGGAUCGUUGCCACCAGUGAGGAUUCCUAACACAGUAUCCGAAGCGGCAUGGCAGCCGUCUCCCACGCCUAAACCUCUCCCGAAGAAACUUUAUGCAGUUCCUUCGAGUGCUGAUUCCAUCACUUUCCCGGUGCCCAUGUCCGGGGCUGGCACUAUAUGGUGCGUGUCCUUUCCCGGAACCGAGAGGAAGGAGAUUGUGGUUCCCUACGGGCGGAACCGCAGCAACCCCCGCCGUGGUGGUCCGCGUGGUGGCCGGAACACCACUGCACCCCAUUACAGGCAAGGAGGCAAGGGACGAGAUACACCAUCGUCCUCUGUUGAUCAAGGCUCGAGCUCCACGGGUGCCAAUCCCUCGCAUAGUCGAGGAAGUCGUGGCAGCUAUCGCGGGCGUGACAAUUGGUCUCGUAACACCCCAGCACCCAUUCAAACAUAG